AUGGGGGGUGGGGGAGAGUCCGUUGGGGAGGGGCAGCUGCAGGCUGUAGCGGAGGAAGUGCUUCUGGGGCUGGACGGAUCUGUAGCCCGGGCGCCGGCUCCUGCUGGUGCUUCUGGCGCUGCUGCUGGUGCUGCUGCUGGUGCUGCUGCUGGUGCCUCUGGUGGUGGUGGUGGUGGUGGUGGUGGUGUGUACGCGCCUGGCUCACACAUGCUUGUGCCUUCCGGAGCGACUUUCUCUGCCUCUCAAGGCCCAUACACGUCCUCUGCCCUCGCCCAGCUCUCCUUCCGCGCCUCCCCACGCGCCCCAUCCCCCGCCGCCGCCCCCCCAGCGGCGGCGCAACAUCACAGGAACGACACUGGCAGCGACCUUAUCGUAUCCUCUCACGAUUUUGUCAUUACCGGGACCGACAGCGACGAGGAUAAUUUCCUUCGUCUGGUGGAGGAGCAGCUUGCGGAGGUUGAAAAGGCAGGCGGCAAGGCAGCCAGGGCUGCGCUCAUGUGGGGCGAAGGGGCUGAGGGGGGCGAGGGCGGAGCAGCAGGAGAGGGCGGAGGCGCAGGAGGAGAGGGCGGGUCUUCUGAAGGGGAGGAUACCGGGGACGAGACAGACAUUGGGGAAGGCGGGGGGGAGAGGAAGCGGCGGUUACGGUGCGGGGGUGUUCGGAGGGAUGGGAGCGCAGGCGGGGGCAGCGGCGUCGUGCCGGGUAAGGUCAUGUAUGAACUCCAAGUAGAAGAGGUGCUGGCGGCGGCUGUUAGACGGGCGCUGGCCCGAGCUGCUGGUGAGGCGGGUGAGGGGGUGAAAGGGAGUGAGGGCGGCGAGGCCGGUGGUGAGGGAGGGGAGGGUUGUGAAGGGGAGUGA